GGUUCUAGCUCAAAAUUUUUUAUGCGUUUUUAGUUUUUUCUCUUUUUUUUACAAAUAAAAAUGACUCGAUUGUCUUUUACAGUGUUGAUAUUUCUUGCCGCUUAUUUUGGUUCAAAUAUUCGGCCGAAUGUAGCCACUUUAGAUCCCAAAACUGUUUGUUAUUAUGAAUCUUGGGUACAUUGGCGUCAAGGUGAUGGCAAAAUGGAUCCCGAAGAUAUAGAUACAUCGUUGUGUUCGCACAUUGUCUACUCUUAUUUCGGUAUAGAUGCUUCAAGUCAUGAGAUUAAACUAUUGGAUCAAUAUCUUAUGAUAACAUUACAUGACAUGGAACAUUUCACAAAACAUAAAGGAAAUGCCAAGGCUAUGAUUGCUGUUGGUGGUGCGUCUAUGUCUGAUCAAUUUUCGAAAACUGCAGCGGUUGAACAUUAUCGUGAAACGUUUGUUGUUAGCACAAUAGAUCUUAUGACUAAAUAUGGUUUUGAUGGUGUCAUGAUCGAUUGGUCUGGUAUGCAGGCUAAAGAUAGUGAUAAUUUCGUUAAAUUGUUAGACAAAUUUGAUGAAAAAUUUGCGCAAACUUCGUUUGUGAUGGGUGUUACAUUGCCGGCAACAAUCGCCUCAUACGAUAACUAUAACAUCCCAGCCAUUUCCAAUUAUGUCGAUUUUAUGAAUGUUCUUACUUUGGAUUAUGAUGGUCCAUGGGCAUAUACAGUUGGUCAUGCAUCAGCAUUGCCUGAACAACUUAAAACAUUGGAAGCGUAUAACAAACGAGGUGCACCUCGUCAUAAAAUGGUUAUGGCCGUUCCGUUUUUUGCACGUACUUGGAUAUUGGAAAAAAUGGACAAACAGGAUGUUGGCGAUAAGGCUAGUGGACCAGGCCCAAAAGGUCAAUUCACUCAAACACCUGGUUUUUUAAGCUAUAACGAACUGUGCGUCCAGAUUCAGGCCGAAACAAAUGCAUUCAGCAUUACUCGUGAUCAUGAUAACACUGCAAUUUAUGCUGUCUAUGUACAUGACAAUCAUGCCGAAUGGAUAUCGUUCGAAGAUCGACAUACACUAGGUGACAAAGCUCGUAAUAUAACUGAACAAGGUUAUGGUGGAAUGUCAGUCUAUACAUUGUCAAACGAAGAUGUACAUGGCGUUUGUGGUGACAAAAAUCCAUUAUUACAUGCUAUCAAUUCGAAUUAUUUUCGAGGAAUUGUGACCGAACCUACUGUCGUAACAGUUACACCAGUUACACAUACCACCGAACAUGUCACCGACAUUCCAGGUGUAUUUCAUUGUCAUCAAGAAGGAUUUUUCCGCGAUAAAACCUAUUGUGCCAAAUAUUAUGAAUGCAAAAAAGGUGAUUUUGGACUAGAACAAACCGUUCAUCAUUGCCCGAAUCAUUCGCAAGCAUUCGAUGAAGUAAGUCGUACUUGUGUUGAUCAUACCAAAAUACCCGGUUGUUGAAUAAUAAAUGAUAAAUAAAAUUACAAUAAACUUAAUUUAAUUUAAUCA